UAGGAGAGCCCACGCUGUCUCAAUAGUGAUCAGAAAUGGCCGUCUUUGGAAACAUCCUCUACGCCUACCUCUUUGUGAUGACCAUUGGCAUCGCUAAAAAGCCCUUGUUUGCCGCCCUCUCGUCGGCCUAUCCGUUUACAAGCGGCCACGAUGAUUCAGCCGGUGAGGGCGUCAGAGUUUAUCCUGAAGUGUACGAAAGUCGGCAGGAGGACUCGGAGAAAAUCCUUGUCAUCGAAGGAUACUCUCUUAACCUGAAGAAAGCUUCCGUCCUUGCCGACACAGUCCUACUUAUGGAUGUAACAGAAGACGGUACUAUCGAGCAAUAUGUUCAAGGUGCACACUACGAAAGAGACUUGUUUGAAGAUGUGAACAAACAAGCCUCCCUGAUCCUGAAGCCCGCAGGGCGAGGUGAUUAUCACAUUACAGGGAUGGUAAAUUCCACUCACAGAAUUGAGCCUUGCGCAAGUUUGGAACGAUCGUCUCAAGAAAGAUUGGCUCACCGAAUAUCAAUAAUUGACAUCCCUCCUGGCACCUAUGAUAUUGUGGAUGAUGUCGAAACCGAGCUGGAAAGUGAACCCCAGUAUGCAAAAGUUGAAAGUCGGGAACUUCCACCGUACUAUACUAUAGAGACGCACUUCAUCACGGAUAUCAAUCACACCGCCUACUUCGGGAAUAACACCGAAGACCGUGUGGCCUAUUCAAUGUUGUUCAUGCACUCGGUGAGCCUUCGACUUCAGCAGCUCGAACCUCCCGCUCGGAUAGGAUUGACAGUAAUUGAAGGAUUGCAGAUCGUACAACCUUAUUUACAGCUAUACGUGGAUGGCAACGUCAUGGCAGAUCAAACCUUGGAUAAAUUGGGCGAAUAUGCGCACAAGAGCCCAACAUCGAAGAGGUCUGAUAUCGCCUAUAUGGUAACAAGCCUGGCUCUGGUGAAAAUUAGAGGUGGGAAAUACGUAGGCACUUCUAUAGGAAUGGCGCACAAGGGGCAAGCCUGCAGGAAUGCCCGAGCUGCCUUAGGAUUGGACAGGCCUGUUACUUUCUCCGGUGUGCAAACUGCCGCUCACGAAAUAGCGCAUCUGUUGAACGCUCCUCACGAUGGAGACGGAGAAGCAAGGGAUUGCUCACCGGCAGACGGAUAUUUGAUGAAUAGCUCACGAAAAAACGGAAAUAACAGUUGUACAUUUUCCAGCUGUACCAAGAAGAUCAUUGCCGACUUUAUACAGUGGCCUUAUUCAAGCUGCCUAAUGAAAAAUACGGCAUGCCACGUUAUUUCGCUACCAAACAAGGCGUCAAAUCUUCCAGGGGAUACAAUGGAUGGACCCACGUUCUGCAAGGAAUACUACCGAAAACCGAGAUACGUGAAUUCUACUUACUUAAAGCUGGAUUCCGACCUCAAACAGUGCCUGUUCCGCUGUUUGGUAGAGUACACCAAACCUAAGGGGAAAAUGGAGAACCGCACUUCAUUUGCAAUGGAUGGCACGCCCUGCUCUGAAUCUGAGCCACUCAAGAUAUGCCACAAUAUGAAGUGCGUUAGCCCCUAGCGCAAUAAUAAGCUUACAUGUGCAAGAAUGUGAAUUUACCGGAAAAAAAAGCAUUUGCGGCUGGCAUCCUACCACACCAAGUUCC